AAAGACCUCCCUCGGUUACAAGUAUUCCCAAAUCCCAAUUAUAAUUUUUUUUUUUUUUUGUUUUAUAAAAAAUAUAUAGUUGCACAAUUUUUAUAAAUAAUACAGCCUUGCCGGCUUCCUCAUUUUCUCUCUCUUUAAGAAGAAACACAAUAAAACAGAGAAAGAAAAUCAAAGGGAAAGGAAAUUCCGGAGUAGAACCAAAACACAGAAAACAAACAAGAGCAAGAACAGCCAGAACAAGAAUGAGUUAUUACAACCAGCAGCAACCUCCUGUUGGUGUUCCUCCUCCACAAGGUUAUCCACCGGAAGGAUAUGCCAAAGACGCUUAUCCACCACCGGGAUAUCCUCCACAGGGAUAUCCUCAGGGUUAUCCUCCUCAAGGAUAUCCUCCACAAGGAUAUCCUCCGCCGUACGCUCCUCAGUACGCUCAGCCUCCUCCUCCUCAACAGCAAAGCGGUAGCAGUGGUUUCAUGGAAGGCUGUUUGGCUGCUCUCUGCUGUUGCUGUCUUCUGGAUGCCUGCUUCUGAUCAUGAAAAUUCAACACUCCAUCAUUAAUCCAAGAUUGAAGUCUGGUCGUCAGAUGGGGCGGCGUACAAAAUCUUAAAAUUUGCCAUUAGUUUUACAUUCUGUGUCUGGUUCUAUUUCUGUUUUCUUUCAUUGUACUUUUUUUUAUGUUUAAUUCGAUGAUCAAUAUUGUAUGAAACUUUGGCAUUGAAGGGUACAUUUCAUUUUCCUUGAAAUUUCUCAUAUGGGUUUCAUUUACAAUUUAUGAGAAUAUGAAUCAAAGUCAAAAACACAUUUCGGGUGUUA